AUAAACGCGACUGUCAAAUCUACAUAUUCUCUCUCUCUCUCUGUUCUUCCAUUUCUGUCUCUCUCUCUUCCGAAGAUUCGAUUCAGUCUCCGAUCAUUUCUGCUGUUUCAAUCUCUGUUCAGAAUCAUGUUCUCAAAUUUUCAAGGAUCUACUAUUGCAGAGCCUGUUUUGAAUUGAAAGAGGGAGAAAAUGGAGGGGGAUACAUUGUCUGGAUUAGGCAAUGGUACACAAAUAGAUGACAAAGUUGUGCAAACAUUUCAGAAGAGUUUUGUACAAGUCCAAAAUAUACUGGAUCAGAAUAGGCUAUUAAUCAAUGAGAUUAAUCAAAAUCAAGAGUCCAAAAUCCCUGAUAAUUUGAGCAGAAAUGUUGGUUUAAUUAGAGAGCUCAACAAUAAUAUUAGAAGGGUAGUUGACCUCUAUGCUGAUCUUUCAACUUCUUUCUCUAAAUCUGCUGAUGUUUCAUCUGAAGGGGAUUCAAGUGGACACAAGAGGAGCAGGCCUAUUUAGAAGUCAUGUAUUAUCUGACCAUCGGAGAUUUCUCGAUUAUUAUGUAAAAAUAAUUAUGUGUACUCUUUUAGUACAUCAACCUUAUAUUCAAGAAUCUCCCACAAAAAUAAUGAC